AUGUGCAUGCCUGUAAGAGCUGGCCCCCCUCCACCAUCCCACCCUGUGGUGUCCGGCUGUGUGACGGCUCCCCUGACAGGCAGCAGUAAUGCCCUGUCUGAUCUCUGUGAAAUUGCCGGGCUGCUUUCAGCAGCUGAGGACUCGCUAGAGACAAACCGCCUUUUAAUUCCCAGCGCCAGAGUGUCAUCAUGUACGGACCGGAGUUUAUCGCCUGAUCCGAUCCAGGACGACACGAAGGAGACGGACAAUUCCACAUCCUCAGAUAAGGACACUAACAACAACGAGAACGAGGAGCAAAACUCUGGCACGAAGCGGCGGGGCCCGCGCACCACCAUCAAGGCCAAACAGCUCGAGACUCUGAAAGCCGCGUUCGUGGCGACGCCGAAGCCCACGCGACACAUCCGCGAGCAGCUCGCGCAGGAGACAGGCCUCAACAUGCGAGUCAUACAGGUGUGGUUUCAAAAUCGGCGGUCUAAAGAACGCAGAAUGAAGCAGAUCAGCGCUCUCGGUGCUCGACGACACGCUUUCUUCAGGGGACCACGCAGAAUGAGGUCACUCGGAGGAAGACUAGAGGACCCUGACAUAAUGGGCCCUGGAGGAUACAGCUACUAUGGAGAAUACCAAGGUGACUACUACGGGCCAGUGGUCAACUACGAUUUCUUCCCUCACGGACCCCCUUCCUCACAGGCGCAGUCUCCAGCCGAGUCCCCUUACCUCCUCAGCUCGGGUUCAGGAGCCCUGGAGGGCGGCCCGGUCUCAGCUCACCACCCCUCAGACGACCAAAGGUUCACGGACAUGAUCUCCCACGCAGAUACCCCCAGUCCCGAGCCAGGCAUGAACGGACCUCUCCAUCCCAAUCCACAGGGGGAGGGUGGCUUCACAGGGGGUCCGAGUCCACCCUUCCCCCUGGCCAACAACACCAGUUACAGCGGCCCCAUGUCCCAUCCUGGUCAAGAGAUGGGGGAGAACACUGUUUGGUAGGACAGAGAGAUGGGAAAGACUCUGAACUAUGGACACAAGAGGAAAUUCCACCCUAACUGGUCUGCCUUAGUGCUAUAGGUUACUGAGGGAGGGUUUAACGGCUGGUCAUGGACCAGAACAAACCAAUAUUUGGAGCUGAAAGGUGGAAAGACAUAGGUUUCUACUGUCAAAGGAUGUGUAUUGUCAGUGGUCAUCUUGACCAAUCACAUUGGUUUGAUUCCGUUGAUAUGGUUUCCUGAGUUCAAUAUUACGAUUGCGACAAUAGCGCAGAUGUUCGUCCAUGGGGUUUUCUACUGCUUUGACUUACUGAUUAGUAAAAGCUGUCAAACUUCAUUUGAUGGUCAGAAGCGAGCUAGUACUUAAA